AAAUGUCCAACCAUUUUGAGUACAAAAUUAAACUAGAACCCAGAAAUGAGCCUCAGCCUCCAACAAUAGAAGUUUAUGGCUUUACAGGAAUAGAAGAUGACGGUAGUGAAGUAGCCAUCAACCUCAACUACAAGUUACUCGGGGAGAUAAACUUAUAGAAGAAUAUAAAUGCCCAGAGGACUCAGAAAUCCUCGCUAUAACCUCCCUCGAAAGCACCCCUGCCUCCCAAGACCUCCUCAACCUAAAAUCCCCUCCAAAUUCCCAAAAUAAUCUCCUAAUAUUCUACAUCUCAAACAACUCAAAUUUCGAAAGAGUCUUCAUAAUAACAACCUGAAUCUCUUCAGGUUAUUUCUCACACGAAGAAGUCCAUAGUUUCAGUACAAAAAUCCUCUGUCUGUUCCCAUACUCUACUUGUCUCACCCAGGUUGCCCUGUGUGCCUACAUUGAGACUUAUAGUAUUGACAAAUUUACACAGAAGAGAAUGAUCAUCUGUAUCGGAUAUGAAGACACAAUCUUUGAGUAUAUUCUUACGACUAAGGAAUGGAGAAUAUUUGUUAAUGAAUAUUCUUACAUGACUCAGGUGUCUUAUAUACAGCAGCUAAUACCAACUUAUAACCCUGAUGGAGAAGGGACUUUUAUUGUCAUGGUGUUCAAGAACUUGACACAACACCUCGCUCCCCUCAACUGUUCCUGAAUCCGACUCAUCCCCAAAGACAAACCAGCCAUCGAGCCGACAACGUUCAACCUGACUUCUAUCGAAGCCCCGAUAAACGUGCUUGGCUUCAACGACAACAUUGUGAUCCAGACCAAGUCAGAGCUCAUCAUUUUCAACUUGACGAAAGAGCGAGACCUGAUCAUUCCGCUGAAGCAGGACGACCACCCCGAACAACUCGUCGAUGUGUACAUCGACACAAAGUCCAGAAUAUAUGCGGCUUCGUGGCACAAAAUUCUGUUUGUGUCUCUGAAGAAGCAAAGCUUCGAGAUUGUCUACGAACGAGAAGACGUCGUGAUCAGUAGCAUUCUGCACAUUUCUGAGAGCUUCUGUGCAUUCAGAAACACAUUCGAGAACAUCCAGAUUCUUGAGGUCAAGUCGAAGAAUGACUUCAGUCACACAAAGACAGUUGAAGCUGAUGUCUUGCCAUCAAUAUACAAGUUUACUGUUCCGGAGCUUGCAGUGAAGAUCUACGAUUUCACAGUGAAUUCUGAUCUCAUCAUUAAGAGAAGAGAAACCAGGAAUUUGACACUUCCUUACAAGAUCCUUGGCUACAAGACUUAUCCUGACGGAAAAUAUCGGUUUUGAUUGUUCAUUGGAAGAUUGGUGCAAGACAAUACUCUCUGGCUCUUGUGAUAUGAUCACACUGGACACAAAAUUAUUCACCAGUGUCAGCUCCCUAACUUUUACAACCCAGUCAGUCUGUGUUUCAGUCCGAACAGAGACAAGGUAAUCAUUCUAGCUUCAAGACAAGGAGAGCAAGACCUCAACCCAACAGAUAGCGAUGACUUUGCAACAGUUCCGUUCCAAGACCAUUUGGUGUAUUAUGUGAAUAUCGAAAGGUUCAAAGUCAGAAUGGAUGGCAAACUAACUAAGCACAUGUACAUGUCACUCAACAAAAUAAAAUAACAUCGAUGCCACACCAUCUCAAGGCUGUCUGCCAAUAUUCACAACCCUGAUGUGCCACAUCAAAGAUGGGGUAUAUGCAGUUGCAGUUGGGGACACAGUCAACUUCUAUACUCUAAAUGAUGAUUUCAAAAGAGUUUGUGAAGUCCCUGAAAUUGUUGUAUCUGACUCUGAAGCGAACAUUCUACUGAAAGACAACCAACCUGGUGAUUCCAGAGUUGGUCAGGCUUCUUCGAACUUGCUUAAAGAAGAGAUACUCUCGCUAGAAAAAUAUGAUUUGCUUGAUAAAGAAGUCAUCAGAGCUAUCAAAGUAUUCCGAGACUCAGUAGACACAUUGAACUCAAAAUAUUUUCUGAUUAUAGUCUCUAACAUGAAGGUUUACCUGUAUCAGAUCAGCCUUCCACAAAACGACUUUAUGGCAUCACCUCUCUUUGAACUUUUUGCUGACGCAAAGCCUGAUGAAAUCGAGAGCAUCACUCAUUUAUUCAUUGGAAGUAUUAGAAUCAACACAAGCUGCGACCCCGAUAAAGUCAGGAUCCUACCAGUCAGCAAAGACAGGGUUGUCCUUCACUGCCAACAAGGACAAAUCUGGCAGCUUUCCAUCAAAAGAAAACUUGACUUCUAUUGUAAAGCCGUAGAGUUCAGCAUUAACAAAGAAGUGUUAUGGAGCAGACCUCAGAAAGAUAAGAGAGCAUUCCUGGAUCUCCACAACAACAAAGGCAAUGACUUCGAAUGACGACUGCUCCUUCAAGGAGUCAUCGACUUCAUUCCUCUUAAAUUGGCCAAAUAGCACAAAAAGCUGGUCGCACUUUUUUCA